AGCUGUUUGAAUACGCAUACCACGCCAGAGCAAAAAAUAUUAACAAACGCCUCCGUCGAACGGUGCGACUUUCAAUAAUCAUUCUCGUUUCUUACGCGUAUUGUUAAAUCAGACUUUGAUGCAAAUGUCACAUAGUCAAUCAGAGCGUUCGUGAACGAUCUUUUUGAUCUUCGUCUCAGUAUGAUCUCGCGUUUCGGUUUUGGCGCAGUGAUGCAUUGUGAUUGAGACUGUAUCUUGCGCAAAGAUGAGAUUGAUCAUUAUUUCUGAUCAUCACUCGUGACGCGCAGUGCGCCGAUUGUGUCCGACGAAGGUGCGACAAAGACGACAAUAAUGAGAUUAUUCAAACGACGAAACUCCGAUCCGAACCCUCAAUUGGAGAGCUUGUCAUCGCUUUCGGAUGUCGAGGAUCACAAGACGAAGUCAGCCAGAAUUGACGUUAAUAGAUCAUAUGAGGCUCCCAAGUCAGGUCUUUCUGCUUGGGGAAGAACGUGGGGCAAGCUGAAAAGAGGUGACUCCGCAGAGGAAAUCAAAACAGCUAGUGGUAAAAGGCGAAAUUUAUCAUAUUUGAAAAAACAGAAAUCACCAGACUCGUUCAACGACACAUUCACUACUUCUCUAUACCGCGAAAACGAUCCUCCAGAUUUAAAAUUAUCGCAGACAGAUUUGAGGAAAAUAUAUGACAUGUACAGAAAUAUGAGCGACAAACCUGAAAAAAUAACGAAAUACAAACGCAAGGCAAGAUGCAUCUCUGAUAAUUUGGAGUUAAGUCAACAGCAGCUGCUAGACUACUUAAUUCUGAUGAAACCGUCACCAGAUGAGCUAGACAAAAUAUUUGGUGAGAUCGCAGAGGAGAACCUCAAGGCGUCUAGAUUGAGCAGCGUUUCAGAAGGAAAGAGGUCCAGGACUAGGUCUAGGAUAAAAUCAUUCUUUUCCAGAUCAUCGAGCAAAUCGGACGAUGAAGGCGAUAUCCGAUUGCAUCCGAAAAAUUCAUCAACUGAUAGUUUGACGAGUCUGUUGAAUUUCAUAAUGCCUAGCAGAAAAUCAUCUCUGAACGCAUCUCCAAAGUUGAAUGGUAAAUUCAGGUCUGAUGAGAGCGGUUAUGGUAGUGACUCUACAAAAGCUGCUAGCAUCGAUUCCCCCAUUGGAUCUGUCAAGUCCCAAAUUAGCGAGAAUAACGUAUACGAAGCCGACACUGACACAGCAGAAGAAGACAACGAUAACGAAAACGAUAGCAAAAAUGAUGGCGACAUAACAUUAACAGAAAUAACCAUAAAACCAGUAACCCCAUACAAAACCCCACACAAAAGAGUCAGAUCGAAAAGUGACGACGAUGAAAGGGACUCUUUUGUGAAACGAGCUGCAUCUUUCAAACGAUUCUUAUCACCGCCUAAAAGAACCAAGGCGACAGAGGGUGAUAACGACGAUAGUCGCAGUUGUUGUGAGAGGAUCAGCAAAUUAAAGCUCGAUGAAGAAAGAGAAAAACCGGAAAAUAAGCCACUGUAUGAUCAGCCUAGAGAUGCAAGGCCAAAACUUAAUAGAAAUGAUAGAAACAGACAGAGUUUUGGAAGGACACCUGGGUAUGCAGCCAAAAACACCCCGAAGGACUCUACUACCAAAAGGUUGCCACAAGUACAACGGAUGAGUCCUGCCAAGAAACAGAUGCCCACCAUACGCAGCCCUUUGAAACCUGUGGAAAUUCCUCCAUUGAGACGUAGUGGGAAAUACAGCGUGACGACAGCCAAAAAAGACAUAUCGGGUGAUUCAAAAACGACGCCGCCCAGAUCUAAAGCUAGUACUAGUAGAUAUGUCGGGCUAUCGGAUAUCCUAAAGGCAGAAACAAGGACAACUAAUAAUGAUGAUUUGGUGAGCCCGGUUUCUUUCAGUGAAAAGCCCAGAAGUAACCCUCCAUCAACAACUUUAGACAGGAAUCACGUCUUCAAGAAACCGAAUGUAGGAUCAUCCAAGGGUACUCUGGAUAAGAAGAGCACAGGUAUGAGGAAAUUCUCAUAUUCAUCUGAAACAGCAGCCGCAUCUCACAUAAAUUCUUCAGCGGCAAGACGAAUGAGUUCAUCAUCUGUCCAGAUUCCAACGAUUAACAGAAACGGGGAUAUCCAAAGCAAGAGAAGUAAUCAACAACAAACCAAAAGCGUGGUGUUUCGCAAAGGGCCCGGAUGCAAGUCCUUAGGAUUCUCCAUAGUCGGAGGUAAAGAUUCUCCCAAAGGCCCUAUGGGGAUAUACGUCAAGACCAUAUUUCCGCAGGGACAAGCAGCAGACUCUGGACUGGUUGAAGAAGGUGAUGAAAUAAUAUCGAUAAAUGGUACUCCAUUCCGAGGUUUGUUCCAUCGAGAAGCAGUUGCCUUGUUCAAGAGCAUCAAGUGCGGAGAUGUGCUGGUUGAACUUAGGCCUCGACUAAACUAUAAACCAUUUUGUAGUUCUUUAUAAGAAUGUUAAUCACUUGUAUGCAAAUAGGAUAUAUUCAUAUCGUGGGGCAAGUAGUACAAUUUUCUGAUGAUGUGACAAGCAGCACUUUAAUUACGAACUAAAGCUUCCAGAAAGGAUUCAGCCUUAUACGAAGUCAACUUCAGAGUUAUAGUAGACGACAACAAUAUUGUAUUCGUUUACAUUUUUUGCCGAUAGUCAUAAAACGGCUAUAAAACCAAGAACGGGAGGUAUGAGGACAGACGGAUCUGAAAAUUUUCAAAAAUUUUUCUCUUGCAAGUCUGGAUGAGAUGAGAGAUGACUGAAUCAAGUUGUUGCAGAAACGUUGUAAUUACUUAUCCCGGCAUUAGUUGAAAAUUCAUACUAUUCACCAAAAUAUACAUAUGUAUAUAUCUGAUGGUAGCGAUGUCAAGGAUGUAAAGUUACUUACCUAGUUUGCUAUGUUGAGGAGCCUUCUUCCAGAAUCACGCACAUCAAGAUCAUUCACCAAAUACGUAUUUCAUUUCACUUUGGCAGUUAAAUAAUGAACUUCGCGUUGCCCAUUUGGUGAAUCUUACGUAAGUCUUUAUUAUAUUCAUUUUCAAUUUGUAGGAUGGUUUUCUUCCAUUAUAAUUCAGUGAUUUGAACUGCCUCGGAUCUAAUUAGGUCAGCUGCAGUUCCGUCACUAGUCGGAUUUAUCUUCCUUCGGCUUAUUCUUCUUUUUAGUUAAGCCCAUAUUGACUCUAUGGGAUUAAAUAUACAAAAAUUAGGUGGCAGUCGUAGGAUCACAUGUCCACAAGAAGCUUCCAUUUCGUCAACCGCAUACCUUUUUCUUGUUCGGACCACCUCCAACAAUUCUUUUUUUGUAUAAGAAUCCUCAAAAUAGAGAUCGUGCUCCACAAGAAAUUCUUGAAUGUCUUUAUUGCAGGACGAGGAAUUAGGGACCUUUGCGAUUUGUCUGGAAUGGUAGCUGGCAUUAUGCAUUAGAAUGACACUUCCGGGUUUCAAAUUUUGCAGCAAUCUGUUAGAACACCAUUCCUUAAAUAUCUCGGCAUCCAUAUUCUCAUGGUAGUCUAGCUUGCAAUCCGCUAUUUUCUUGCCAGAUAACAAUAUAGCGCAUUUUGAACCCAACCAUCUGCUGAGCCACAAUGCAGAAUGACCAUCCGGGAUCCUUUAUUUGGUGAUACACCUAUCAACUGACAUUUUGCUGUAUCGUGUGUAUCGUACCAUGUGUUUCAUCCAGGUAAUAUAUUGGCCUACCUUCUUGCCUAUAUUCUGUGAUCGUUUCUAAGUAAGCCUGUUGACAUUCCACUAUGCACUUACUUGCCAUGCCAUGCCUGUAGAUCUCUUGUUGGUAACUCCAAAUUUGAAGGGGCAGCCACCUCUGAAAUAUAUGCAGGGAACAACUGUCGCCUGUUUCCAAGAAUUCUUGAUGUACUAUCUCUGCUGUGGGAAUUUUAUUACGUUUAUAAUUAUCAUACACUAUGUUUCUUAUUUUGGCAGUUGUUGCUGCACUUGAAGGUAUAGAUGUUCCCUUGUCAAUUCUUCUUUUUCUUGGUAUGACACCGUUACGAAUAAUUUUACAAAUUGUAGGAUAUGACACUUUAGUCAGUUCGGCUGUUUUUAAGGACACUACUAUUGCCGCUAUCACCCAUUUCAUUAUGAACAAUAAUGCAAAUCUGUUGAGCAUGAACAGACAGGCACUUUCUAUUAGAAAUACGACGGUAUUCCUGACUAUCAUUGCUACCCUCGUUACUACUAUCAGUAUCAUGCGCACUGACAGUAUCACUGUCCGAAAAGUCUUUGCUGCAAGAUGGGUUUCCAUCAUUCAUAGCGCCUAUGUACGUAUACAUAUAAUUUUCGAUGUCCGUGGGCGGCUGACCUGCCUGAGCAGAUCGUUUCCAAGGGCGGAAAAAAUUCGUAUCGCAUAUAAUUGUUAUUCAACGCGUCUUCCAUCAACCUGGAUUGUCUGCAUAGAACCCCAUCGCGAGUACCGCUCUGUGCAUCGCGCUGGUUUCAUCUGCGCGCAGCGCUCGGGAGGGUGGUGGAGGGGUUCAGGUCUUCAUAGCGCAGUCACAUUAUGUGAACUUGUUGCAUUGACAGUAUCGAAACAAUGCGAUUCUUUUAGAUUCGCUACAUUCAAACCAAUUGUAUCAAACUAUUAGGGCUUUUUAGGUUAUUGCAUGAUUUAUACAUUUGAUCCAGAUUCCGUUAUCAUUUAUACCGCAUCAUAAAAUGACCUACUAUAUGUCGGGUCGGUAACACAAGGAAGCAGAAAAAAUAUAUACAAUAUCGUUGUCGUCUACUUUACCAGACCACUUUCUUGUAUAUCUGGUAUAACGAGAAUUUCAUGAAUCUUCCUAUUAAUAAUAACAUAUGCACUCAUGAAUUACUAGAAUUACAGUUCUGAUUGUUCCUUUCUUGGUAGUCAAUAGAAGUGUAUCAAUUUCUAUAUGAAUAAUAAUUGAUUUUGUAGAAUUUAAAAUUGUCGAUAUAUGACUUCUGUACGAAUGUUGUUUCAUUUACUCAAAUAAGAGCUACUUACCUCAAGAUGUGUAAUAUUCUGUCAUACACAGCACUUUUAUCAUAUCUUCUAGCUCUAAUGUUCGAAAAAGGAAAGGUAAGUUGCGUCAUGAUCACAGGUACACAAAAAGUGGGAAAAUACGAAUCUGAAGUCAAAAUAGGGGAAAAUGCAUGUUUUUUUUUGUAUUUCAUCUCGAUUAGUCACGUAGAUGUAAUACCGUAAACACAUAUUUCACUUACAUAAAACUGCAAUGCGAUUGACGUUGAUUUAAACGCUGCGCUUCACAGUGACGUCAUGACUCACGAUUUGUUAUUUGAUCGUAUUUUUGGUUAGAUCACUGUUGAGUUGUUGACAUACCAUCUAUUUACAAAGUAUUACUGAAAAUUACAUUUAAAAGCGGCAGGGGUAUCACGUAACUUGAAAAGUGACAUUAUGCCGAUUUUUUUUGACAUUACGCUGUUUUUUUUUUGACAUUAAGUGGUUAUUCUACAAGAUAUUAACUUAGCACUUAGUUGUACGUGUUUCCUAAACGUCAUGAGGCUUGUUAUCAAUCUUUGGCUCUGAUGUGAUGUAAAAUCUCCUUCUAAGAUGGCAUUACUGGAGGUCUAAGCUGUAAGUUGUAUGUGUUGAUGAUAAUUACAUUGGGUUCUUGUCUCAAAUACACUUAAUUGAGAUUCAAAGCUAGAAAUUAGUUGCGCAUCCACUUUUUCUUAUCCAUUCUGGAAAUUACAUAUACAAAAUUGCUGAAUUUCAAAAAUGAGAGAGAUAAGAAAUAAUUAUUAUAAUCACUGUACACUGUUGAAUUAAAAGCCAUAUACAAGCUAACAGUAAUUACACACAACGCGGGCGCGGUGAUGAUUUCCCGUAAUUCUCUUCAGUUUUUCGUUAUUUAUAACUUUGAACAUAACCUCUCUUCAGAAAGCACAACAUAAAUAACCCGUCAUUUUCGAUAUAUUCAGUAAUGAUUUUCUCACACAGCAAAUAUCACUGAUUUUAUACACAUGCAGACCAAUACACAUAAUCAUCCAGAUGCGAUCUUGCUAUUCAACCAACUUUCUUCUCAGAGAUAAAAACUAAAGACGAUCACUUAGCCUCACAAAAGUAUGCAACCAAUAAUGCGUAGUUUAGUUGAGUGAUUCCUCCAUAGAUGGACGUUCACACCGAUCCUAAAACUACCUUGUCUGCAAGUUGACAUCUUAUAGUUUUUUUUUACGUUUUAUAGGUUUUUUACAUGAUACCCUUGCGGGUUGACACUCAAUGGCAGUGGGAACAAACGACUAUACUUGUAGUAACCGUUCUUGACGGUUACGUCAUCAACGCCAUAUGAAGUAAGUAAACAGAUAGAGUCUAGAUACCAUGGGGGGAACACUGCGCAGCCUAAUCUUCAACGCAUCUGCUACUCUCUCCAGUACGCAUGAAGUGGGUAACAGGGGACCGCUGAUCGUAUUUCCGGGCAUUGUACAAUUUUAUAUUGAAGAUUGAUAACAGGACAACUCGAAUUGCACACCGAUGUCAAGUACGCUGUCACUCCGACAAGUAUGAUUGAACGGCUCUCAUACGUAAUACAGGGGUGGUAGGUUGCAUGUGUAUGUAUGAGGGAGGUGGAGAUAUAGAAAGAGAUACUGGUACGCCGAGAACGAUGACGAAAACUAUACCAUUUUGAGUCGGACUGACCAAAGGGUUAGCUGAUCACACGGGCAAAUGGUGACGUCACGCCAAUAGCGUUUCAGUUUGGCAUUUUAAAUUCACCGCGUGUUUUUUUCCAUUUUUUUUUUUAAUUAAUACUCGUUUAUACCAGUUGUAGGCAUCAUUAGUUAUGAAUAUAGACAUUAAAUAAAAUGCAAUUGAGCGAUAUUUUAAUGACAUGCAUAUUUCCCAUUGGGAGUCGAUGGACAAAUUUUAUAGAAAACCCAUAAAGACGAUAAAAUCCAUAAUAUAGUGAUUUUUUGGCACGUUUGUCCUCGAAUUAUCUGUGUAAUGGAUUUCUGCUUCAUUUUUUUCCCUUUAUUGUUUGUUUCUCUUUGUAACCUCCAGCAAGCCUCCAGACUGCUUCAAUAUAAAAUAGUAAAUAUACAUAUUGCAUCAGAGAUGCACCUCCACCAAAAUCUAUAAUCUUGAUGUCGAAGUCACUUUCAUAGUUAUCCAUCCACUCGCCAAUUCUGACCUUAGAUUCGUGUUUAGCAGGCGAACAUAUAGUGGGACUUCAUUGUAGACCUGUGGUUUAAUGAAUUGUGAGAAGUGCCUGAAGCUUGAUCUUUGUAGCCGGUUGCUCACCUUUUCGGACAAAAUUGAACAAAAGUUACUGAACACCGCGAGACGAUAUGAGAAGCGUGUAGAAGGAUUUCCCUCCUGGUAGCGCACACUGAUGGAGAAAAAUUCCACGACACUCAACACUACAAGCAUCGUGCGUAUUACACCAGAUUAUCACAGUAAAAAUGUCCCAGAGUUCUCAAAUCUCUGGCCGAGAAAGUCCAUGUCAUGCUCUUCGAUGCCAAGAAAGAAUCAUCUUCUGGAGUAUCGAAGGGCGUCUACAUCACGUAUUUACAGGCAAAUUGUUCCAAGUUGUCGUACUUUUCGUGUACAUAUAUGUUUUGUGGUCAACAUUCCGCAAAAUCACCAAAGUGCUAAGCCACAGAUACAUCCGUAAGCAUGGUGGUCGAUCUACUUUUCUCUCAAGGGUGAGCUGCCGCAUAGAGGCCCAAAACCUGGCAAAAAAUACGAUAUCAAAUCCGGAAUUCGUCUCUUUGAAGAUCACUUCAAAAGAAGCCAAGCGCUUGAGCUCAAUCAACCACAUAUCAUUUAGUUUUUUCCGAGUCGGAUCCAGAGGUCAUUUAGUCAUCCUGGGGGCAUUUAAAGGUCGUUUCACGGUCACUUCAAUGACAAAUUCGAUCUAAGUCUACCAAUUGGACUCAGAUGCGUGAUCUUAUUUUGCAGUAAACUGGCUAUAUGUCGUUUGAUUUAGGUAUCGGACAAUGGAGUCUUAUCAACAUGCAGACAACAAGAUAAGUUUCAGGCUUUACAUUAUCCUUAUUAUGAUUCAUAUUCAGGUGUUUAAAAUUUUCCAUCGCAAAAUACAACGAAUGAUACAGAACUUCUUAAAUUUGGUCCUAAGAAAGGAGUGACGAAUGAUUUAUCACAAAUGUCAGGUUUGAUUAUAAUGCAAUGGUAAAGGUAGCAUUAGCAAUGUUUUAAUGUAACUCCUGAAACUUAUCCUACAGUUUUCAUGUUCAUAGGACUCCAUAGUCGGGCCGAAUCAAACACGUACAUAUGUUUAAAUUUCUGUUCAUUGCACGACCCUUCAGCCAUCACAAUAGCCUUUUUCCAAGUACAAGGACCAUACUGACAGUAGAUUUUGUUUAUAUCUGUCUUCCAGGUAAUUAGCUUCUUUUUUCCUCUUCAUUCAUAUACACUGUGUAACUACAUUAGUCUGAAAGGUCAUGUUAAGUUGGCACCGCGUAAAACCAGAAAAGUUCAGGAUCGUCUGGGGUAGAUAUUUCCGCUCCCAAAAGGACGUCCAGCUCCCCAAAGCGACAAGCGAACAUGACGUUAUCUAUCGUUUUUUUAAUGUAAUAGACACGUCACCCUUAAAGUUUUUGUUUCCAUUGAUUACUUAGUGUUUUGCGGUAUUAACUUUGAAAUAAAUAACAAAUUUGAUUAACCCUAGUUACUUUCUUGGUUUUUUUUGUUGUAAGGUUUUCGCAUAGAUAGUCCACUGUUUGCUGGGAGGGAAGCCCUUUGCGAUGCUCUUCCUCGUCGUUCUUCGGUGUGCGCUGAACUGAUAAGUAUCAUGAUCAUGUCAUCGUGGUGUGAUUGGUGUGAUCGAUACUUAUUGCCUUUGCUGUUGUUUUUCGGUGCUAAGUUCUUGAUAACGAAGGCGGUUGUUUCAAUAUUCACAUCUAUAUGAUUUAUAGUAUCUGCACCAUGAACAUGAUGUUGCUAUAUCUAAGUAAUGAUGUUAUUCGUCCAAUAAAAAUGGUGAAUCUUGAACAUCCGAAUUAGGAGGUGUCAAAUAAAUUGCAAAAUUAUUGAGCUGGUCUGUGUUUGAUAACAAAAAUCAAAAAAUAAUGCAAAACAAAAUAUUGAUUAAUAUCUUCCAUAAAAAAUAAUAGUAAAUUCCAAUAACAUAAAAGCUUAAUGGCAACACCACUGAUAAAACCCACUUCAAUAGACUCACAUAGUUUGUAGUAAAAAUAUCAUUUACCUAAACAUAAUGUUCCCAUAACAUUUUGAUGUCGAAUUAGGUAAUGUAACAAUAAGACUGUAACGUGAUUAUUGUAAAUAUAAAUCUAUUCUUUAUAGAAGAUUGUAAAAUAACAGAUAGAACUUUAUCCGUCAUAGACUCUCAAAAUUUUGUUGAAAAAGUGAUUAACUUGGGUUAUACCAUUUUUUUAGCUGUAUAGUGCGAUCAAAAUUGAGAGUAUUGGCUCUUAAAAACCCAGAAAUUAUAGAAUAUAUAUAUAAGAUUACAAAUUUUCUGUUCUAUAUUUUUCGAACACUGAUGAUUCCUUCAUUUAGAUUUAUUAGGAUAGUAAAAGUUAGUAAGGCACGUAAGUUUAUUUUUUCGUACCUACACUGUAUUAAUCUUUAAGCACAAUUUUCAAUGUAUAUAAUUUAUUAUGUAAAAUAAGCUACAUAAUUUGUGUUGAGUUAUUUCUAGUUUUGAUGUACAUAUAUUUUUUAAUUUUGUAUCGGAUUUACUGUAAUCAAGUUUUUUAUAAAAUAAUAAAGCAAACUAACAAAAA